GAGCCAGCUCCUUUAUAUGAGCUUUCAAUGCUUGCUUUAGAGGAUCCUGAAAGUGGCUGGACAGAAGAAGAUGGCCCAAAAGAAGGGCUUGCUGAAUACAUUGUAGAGUUUUUGAAAAAGAAGACUGAAAUGUUGAAAGAUUAUUUCUCUCUUGAAAUUGAUGAGGAAGGAAAUCUUACUGGGUUACCACUUCUGAUAGACAACUAUGUCCCACCAUUGGAAGGACUGCCUAUGUUUAUCCUGCGCUUGGCCACAGAGGUAAACUGGGAUGAAGAAAAGGAGUGUUUUGAAAGCUUGAGUAAAGAACUAGCCAUGUUCUACUCCAUCAGAAAGCAGUAUAUAAUAGAGGAAUCUAACCCAACAAACUCUCAGGUAUGAGAAUACUGUAACUAGUCCUGUGACCAGAUGACUAACAACAUACAGGAAACUUCUGCUCUUUCAGAUACGGACUUCUAAUCCCAGCUCUUUCAGUGAA